AUGCACCAAUGGCUUCUCCCCUCCUCGUCUUCUGCUGGGCUCCUUCUUUCGGCAACAACAUCACCCCGUUUCUUCAGUUUCAACGCGCCCUCCCCCUCCACCGCCUCAGGCUCCACCAACAAGUCCAGCUCUUCACCCCGACGGCGUCAUUUUGAUCGGCAACACGUUCCAGGCGACGGUGGCGACGGCCACGGAGGCAAGUCGGCUCUAGGGAUGGCGUUUUUUGAAGCCGGUGAGGAGGUGAACGCGAUCAGUCAACUAGUUGCAUUUCGUCGUGCGAAAUCUUGUCGCAGACUGAAUGAAAAGGCCUCGGAGGUGGAGAGGCCCCUGUCUGAGUUGUCGUCACCGCCGCCGCCACCGUCUUCUGAUGCCCCACUGCCAUCAACUGACGACGAGCCCAACCGCGUACGGCAUCCCAGCCUCCGUAGACUGUGGUUCCACUAA